UUAAACACUAUCACACUGAACUCAAAACACUUUCAAACAAACAUUUUUUUAUAGCUGCAACUAAUUAAAAUGGCUUCAAUUCUAAUUCUAUCGGUCGCCUUCUUCUUCAUUUUUGCUAAUCAGUGUACCUCUCGCGAGCUUCAUGAAUUAACAAUGGUGGAAAGGCACGACCAAUGGAUUGCAGAGUACGGAAAGUCUUAUACGAAUGACGAAGAGAAAUUAAAAAGGUUUGAGAUAUUCAAGAACAAUGUUGAGUUCAUUGAGAAAUUCAAUGCUGGUGGUGAGGAAUCAUACAAGUUAGGGAUUAACCAGUUUGCUGAUUUAACCAACGAAGAGUUUAGAGCUUCUUGGACUGCUUAUAAGAGACCAGCUGGUGGUUCAUUAACGGCUACGACGACACCAUUUAAGUAUGAAAAUGUCACUGAUCCACCUUCUGCCGUAGAUUGGACGCAAAAACAUGCUGUUACUAGUGUCAAAGAUCAAGGAACUUGUGGGAGUUGCUGGGCUUUCUCUGCAGUCGGAGCAACCGAAGGACUUCGCAAAAUCACAAAAAAUGACUUAACAUCUCUAUCAGUACAAGAGCUUGUAGAUUGCGACAAUAAAGGUGAAGAUAAAGGUUGUGAAGGUGGUUCAAUGGAGGACGCUUUCAAGUUCAUCAUAAACAACCGUGGAAUUACCAGCGAAAUUAAAUAUCCAUACAAAGGAGCCGACCAAAAAUGCGACCCCAAAAAGGUGACUUCACGGGUAGCAACCAUAACCGGAUACGAAAAAGUUCCAACAAACAGCGAAAAAGAUUUGAUGAAAGCGGUGGCUAAUCAACCAGUAGCUGUCGCAAUUGACGCUGGCUCAACAUCCUUUCAAUUCUACUCCAAUGGUGUUUAUAGAGGAACCUGUGGAACUGAUGUAAAUCAUGGAGUUUUAGCCGUCGGCUAUGGCCACAGUAAUACCGCGACAAAGUAUUGGCUCGUAAAGAAUUCAUGGGGAAAGAAAUGGGGAGAGAAAGGGUUCGUGAGAAUGGAGAGAAAUAUAGAGUCCAAAGAAGGUCUGUGUGGUAUAGCUACGGAUUGCUCAUAUCCAGUAGCUUAGUUUUAUUCAUUUAUUAUUAGCGUUUUAGUAAUAACUUUUUUAAUGAUGUAGUUUGGUUCAAUUUAGCAACAAUUUUUUUUCUGGUC